ACCCCCACACAGUGGAAAAACCCCCACACAGCUCCGGGCGCGGAGGAAAGACCCCCACACAGCUCCGGGCGCGGAGGAAUGACCCCCACACAGCUCCGGGCGCGGAGGAAAGACCCCCACACAGCUCCAGGCGCGGAGGAAAGACCCCCACACAGCUGCGGGCGCGGAGGAAUGACCCCCACACAGCUCCGGGCGCAGAGGAAAGACCCCCACACAGCUCCAGGCGCAGAGGAAAGACCUCCACACAGCUCCAGGCGCGGAGGAAAGACCCCCACACAGCUGCGGGCGCGGAGGAAUCUACCCCUCGCAGGUCAGAGCACGGUCUUCACACCACAGAAGGCGAGCACUAGCCCAGAUGGAAGACCAGGGGCUGGAACCAUCUCGGAGAGGUCCAGAGGUGCUCAGAACCAGGGCAGAACCAGGGCAGUAAACACUCUGAAGACUCGGAGCAAUGUUUCCAGCAGCCCCACACACGGGGCUUUGAAGGACUACCACUCUGUCACCAGCACUCAGCCACACACCAAGCCAUUGGACUUCCUGUCAGUCAAAAAAAGAUGCCGUAAGUUAUGUGGGGAGAAUGUCAAAGACGUUCCAGGUGGCGGCCUUGUCUGUCCGUCACGGGGCCGACACCAUGCGCCACUCAGCCUGGAGAAGGUCUGCCCCAAAACAUUCAACUUCACACUUCAGCAUAAUGAAACACGCUGAUAACCAUCUUUAAAUAAAAA